GGGCUUGGCUGGCUCAUUGUCGCCAGUGUGUCCGUCGCGCUUGCCUCGUUCGGUGCGUGCGUCCGAUUGUCGCGAGUGGCCGCGAGACAGACAGACAGACCGACAGCCAGAGGAGCAGUCCUGAUCGCGAGCCGGACCCAGAGACGCCGAGGGGCCGCUGCCCACGAGGGAGCCACCUGUUGUGUUGUGAUGCCGGUUGGCGGAGUAGACCGGCACGUGAAGCGGUCAGCAGGGGCGUGCUGAGCGCGUGGACGCCGCAACGCAGUGGCGGGCCUGACAUGCCGCGUGGGCCCCCGCGCCCGCCCGGCAAUGCCCCCCUGCUGGUGCUGCUCGUGCUCGCCGCCGCCGCCUCCGCCCCCGCCGUCGUCCACGCCGCGGUGGCUCUGUCCGAUGGACCGCCGGCCGCCAACUCGGUGCUCGCCGACAACCAGGCCAAGUCGACGGCCGUCGUGCCGCCCGGCUACACGCGCAAGGACGCCAACUCCACCAAACACGACAUCUACAUCGGAUACCUGCCCACCCUCAAGGGCGACAACAAGCACAAGAUGGGGAUAAUGAUCAGUGGCGCGAUUUUGUACGCCAUGAGCGAGAUCAACAAGACGGCGGACCUGCUGCCGUGGGCGACGCUGCGGCUUCGCUACCACGACACCCAGGGCAAAACCGUCGACGCCACCAGAGCCCUCGUGCAAAUGAUCUUCAAUGGCACCAAGGCCAUCUUCGGUCCUGAAGCCAACACGUGCAACGUCGAGGCCACCGUCAACGAAGCCCUCAACAUCCCCAUGUUCUCGCACAAAUGCUCCGACAGCAAGCCUAACCCAACCUUGUUAAGGAUAGACCCUCCAAAUUCUCAGGUGAUAAAGUCGGUGCUGACACUGAUGGAGUACUUAAGCUGGAAGAAGUUCUCAAUCAUCAACGAGGAGGCGUGGAACGAGCUGGCCAGCAAGCUGCGUGAGCGGGCCAAGGAAAAGGGCCUGCACGUGCAGCACCAACGCACCAUCAUGGACCGCCACAGGUGCUGUGUCAACAAGCUCAAGUGCUGCCACGCCGGCACCUGGUACCAGAUCAUCCAGGAGACUCGCAACAUGACCAGAAUAUACGUCUUUAUGGGCACCUCGUUCAGCCUGAUCGACCUGAUGACCAGCAUGCAGGCGCUGCAACUCUUCGAUAACGGCGAGUACAUGAUCAUCUAUAUCGACAUGGAGACAUACAGCAUCAAGAACGCGGUCAAGUACCUCUGGACAAACGACUACAUCAGCAAGAUGCGAUCGUGCUUCUUCCACAGCCAGAAGGACGUGGAGUUCGAGAAGCGAGCCAAAUCGUUGCUGGUGGUAGCGAUGAGCGAGCCGAGCGAGGACUACGUCAACUUCUCAGAUUCGGUGCGCGAGUUCAACUCGAAGGAUCCGUUCAACUUCAUCAAGCCCAUCAUCUUCAAUGACUACAAAACCCACAUUCCCAUUUUCGCCGCGUACCUCUACGACGCGGUGCAGCUGUACGCGCAGUCCCUAAACGCUAUCAUCAGGCAGGAGAUGCAGACGGCGCUCAACAAGUCCUCCUCCACGCUCACCGUCGACGAGAUCUGGCCCACCAAAGAGAAGAUCGAAGAGAUGGCCAGCAACGGCACCAAAAUCAUCAGUAACAUCCUUGAAAAGGGCAACUUCAUUAGCGUCACCGGUUCACUUAUCAAAUGGGACAAGGAGGGCGCCUCGGAGGGCAACUUCUCCGUGAUCGGCCUGCAAAACUACAAUCUGACCGAGCACGUCAACUUUUCUUGCCCAUAUCACAUGCUGCCCGUCGCCAACUUCAAACACGGUGACAAAGAUUCUCUGGAGUACAAAGUGGUGCGGCACAUUCAGUGGCCAGGCAACACCAAGCCGAUGGACGAGCCGAGUUGCGGCUUCGACAACAGCAAAUGCUCUCGCAGCGACACUCACAGCCAGAGCGUGGUGGCCGCCGGCACGCUGGGCGUGCUGCUCUUCUGCGCCACCGUCAUCACGGCCAGCAUCUACCGAAAGUGGAAGAUCGAGCAGGAGAUUGAGGGCCUCCUCUGGAAGAUCCACCCCACAGAGCUGCACAGCUACAGCGGAGACAUCGUCUCGCCUCCCAGCAAGCUGAGUUUGAUGUCGGCCGGGUCAUUUGAGUCACGUUGCGGGCCGCAAGUGUUCGCCUCGACAGGCCAGUAUCGCAACAUGGUGGUGCGCAUCAAGGAGCUGGUGUUCAGCAAGCGCAGAGACUGCGUAACGCGCGAGGUGAUGAAGGAAAUGCGUCUGUUGCGCGAGCUGCGGCACGACAACGUAAACUCGUUCAUCGGCGCCUGCAUCGAGUCCAAUAGGGUGCUCAUCGUCACCGACUACUGCGCCAAGGGCAGUCUCUACGAUAUCAUCGAGAAUGAGGACAUCAAACUCGACUCCAUGUUCAUCUCUUCCCUAGUCCACGACUUGAUCAAGGGCAUGCGUUACCUGCACAACUCGCUGCUGGGCUGCCACGGCAAUCUCAAGUCGAGCAACUGCGUGGUGACGAGCCGCUGGGUGCUGCAGGUGGCCGACUUUGGGCUGCACGAGCUGCGCCAGAACGCCGACAACGAGAGCAUCGGGGAGCACCAGUACUACAGAAAUUUGUUCUGGAAGGCACCAGAGCUGCUCCGCGGAGUCAACACGUCUACCAAAAUCAGCCAAAAAGGUGACGUCUACUCUUUCAGCAUCAUCCUUUACGAGAUCAUCGGCAGGAGGGGACCCUUUGGCUCCUGCAAUGAAGACCCCAAAGAAAUCAUACGAAGAGUCAAGGAAGGCUACUACGGGCAAAGCAGAGAGCCCUUCCGGCCAGACCUGUCCAUUCUCAGGGACUCGGAGAUAGGCUGUCCGGAUUACGUGAUCAACUGCAUAACCUCCUGCUGGAACGAGCUGCCCGAAAACCGGCCAGACUUUCACACUGUCAGGGAACAGCUCAAGAAAAUGCGCGAGGGAAUGCACCACAAUAUCGUGGACCAGAUGAUGGAUAUGAUGGUAAAAUACGCGGACCAUUUGGAGGAGCUCGUGUCGGAGAGGACAAGGCUGCUCUUUGAGGAGAAGCAGAAGACUGAGGACCUGCUGCACCGAAUGCUGCCUGCGCCGGUGGCGCGGAACCUGACGAUGGGAAUCGGCGUGCAACCAGAGUCCUUCGACGCCGUGACCAUCUACUUCAGCGACAUCGUCGGCUUCACGUCCAUGUCGGCGGAAAGCUCUCCGCUGCAGGUGGUCAACUUCCUCAACGACCUCUACACAUUGUUCGACCGCAUCAUCCAAGGCUAUGACGUCUACAAGGUCGAAACAAUCGGAGACGCCUACAUGGUGGUGAGCGGUUUGCCGAUCAAGAACGAGCGUCACGCAGGCGAGAUAGCGUCGAUGGCGCUGGACCUGCUGGCUGCGGUGAAGAGCCACCGGGUCGCGCACCGUCCGCAAGAGACGCUGAAGCUGCGCAUCGGCAUCCACUCGGGCCCGGUGGUCGCCGGCGUGGUGGGGCUGACGAUGCCGCGUUACUGCCUCUUUGGCGACACGGUGAACACGGCCAGCAGAAUGGAGAGCAACGGCGAGCCGCUACGCAUCCACAUCAGCAACCAGUGCCGCGACGCGCUCAACAAGCUCGGCGAUGGUCUAUACGUGAUGGAGGAGCGCGGACCCGUCUACCUCAAGGGCAAGGGCGCCGUCACCACGCACUGGCUGCUCGCCGCAACGCCGCUCGCCAUCCAGCGCAGAAACGUCGACACCAACGACAUGCCGCCACCGCUCUUCUGCAGGUCCGACCUCAACGCAAGGCAAUCAGGCUCAGUGUUAGGCAACGCUGGUGGAAUCGGCACGCCAGUGCGCAGGCGCGUGGGCAUCAGCAACAGUCUUGCGCCGCAACCGACGUCCGCGCUGGCGCAGGAGGGAGCGAGCGUUCUGCGCGCCACGGCCUCGCUGCUGGACACGGCGGCCGCGGCGGACAAGGCGAGCGUCGACGGCCUUUCGUCGUCGGCCACGUGUCCGCUUGAGGUGGCCGCCGUGCCGUGCAUUUCGCGCUCCUUUGACCCAUUCCCCCUGGUGCGCGGCCAGACGGCCAAGCAACUGGUGCCGCCGCGCGUUGCCAAGUCGCUCGAGGACUGCACGGCCGUCACCUCGUCGAACGAGCCGCAAAUUAUGCCCAACGGCUGGCUAGACAAGCAGCAGCCGCACGAAAGCGCCGAGUCCAUGGCCAAUUCUGGUGAGGGCACUCCACUCAUUCCCCCCAAAAGGUGGCGUUCCCUAGAAGAGCACGAGCUGCCAGUGGAGGAGUCGGAGCCAAAAACAGGAAGUGGACAGAAGAUAGGCGGAGGCGGCGGCCACAGGGGCUCACUCAAGUCGUGGCUAGUCGGCAUCCUGAACGGUGGCAACGGCCUCAAGGGCAGCCACUCGGCCAACAGCAGCCAGACGUCGCUGCGCAAGAAUGUCUACAGCCUGCCCAGCUCGAUGGCCUCGGCCACACCGACAACUUUCCUUGAGCCUCCCAAUGACGAGAGCGUUGUCUGAUCCGCACAAACGUCUCCUUCCUCGCCGAUUUAAUGUUAAAAAAAUUCAGAGUUACAUUCGAAUUUCUCUUGAAAACUUUGUUACUGAAGAUGAAGCUUAAAUUCCAAUUUCGCCUGUAAGGGACUUUAAACCAAACUUAAAAAAAUUAAAUGUUAGUAGGAAAAAACCCGUGGAUGGAAUCAUCAUUUUUUUUCAAAACAUUUAAAAAAAUGCACGAAGAGAAUAAUACUUUAAUUCUCUUCUGUAUAUUUUUUAAUAAUUACAAUACUGCGGCUGUAUCAAACUGAAAAAUUUCUUAUACCUUUUUUAGUAUUUUUUUUUAAUUUACAAAAUUUAAAAAAAAAUUCAAUGUUGUCUUGUUGAUGAAAAAUCAAGGUGAAAUUCGAUGUGGACGCAGUUCCCUUCCAUAUCUCCGACAAACAAUGGAGAACGAGAAGACUUUCCUGUGCAAAAAUCAACCCCAGAGUGUGCAUUUUUCUGUGUCAGUCCUGUUUCCGGAAAAAAGUUAAGGCACAAGCGUCUUUUGCAAUGACGGAGCAAGAAAAGUUCCCUAGUGCAGUGGGGCGAAACUUUUGAAACUCACGAGUCAAAUCGUGAAUAUGUGAGUGUGUACCAUGUUAGUGAGUAAGGAAAGAAAACCCCCGUAAUCUUAAUUUCAAAUAUGGCUGUGAGUCCACUUUUACUGUUAACAAUGUGAAUUCUCUAAUAAGCAGAAGCAGAGCAGGUGUGAAAAGACAAAUUGAAAUACGGAUUCCUUGGUUGAGCCAAACCGCCAUUUGUAACCCGCGGCAACCCUUGUGUGUGCUGUCGUGAAUUUUUGUUGUAACGCAUUAAAGCACCGCGCGGCUCAACAUAUUUAAUUAUUUUUGGACUGGACUGGUUGCGUUAGCAAAUUCAAAAAAAAAGGAAAGCUUUUGUGGUUAUAGAGAGAAGAAUGAGGUGCCAACUAAAUUCAUCGGUUUUCCAGUCAGAUUGAAUUCUAGAAGAGUUUGUACAUGUCAUUUCAAGUUACGCCAAUCAAUAAAAUGAAAAUAAAAAAAACAGUGAUUUUUUUUAAA